AUGUUCUCCAAACCACCGGACUUUGGUACGCGUCCCUUCAAAUUCUUUAACAUGUUGAUUAAACACCCUACAUUCCUGGAUACGGUUAAAGACGCAUGGAGUGCAGCAGGUCCGGUCUCAACAAAUUUGGCUAACUUCUGCUUUAAACUCAAUAGUUUGAAGAAACCGAUGAAGUCUCUUUGUAAGGACAAUUAUAGUGAUAUUGAAAAAAGAGUUUUUGAGGCAUGUGUAGAGCUCAAGUCGUAUCAGCUGUUAACACUCCAGGAUCCUACAAUCUCAAAUGUGCAUAAUGAGUCAGCGGCAAGGGCUUAUUGGUUAGCUCUUCGUCAUGCCGAGGAGAAUUUUUUCAGACAAAGAUCUCGAAUAAAAUGGAUGGCAGAAGGCGACCUUAACACGUCUUUCUUCCACUUUAUUACUAAAGGAAGAAAUGCUUACAAUGCGGUGAAGUAA